AUGCAAGUGGAGGUAAAAGAAAUGGAUGAGAAGCUUAAUUUUGAUGUGGAAAGCUUCAUCAACAAUGAUGUGGAUAACACUACAGUUAUGAAUUUAGUUGAAGAGAAUGGUGUAUCAGGAAAUGAUUCGUCUGGGAACGUAGCGUUGGUUGAGCUUGUCAAAUCAGCCGAUUUGAAUAUGUCGAAGGCUUCGAACAAUACCAAGGCACAAGGGAACCAUCUAGAUAAACAAGUCGGGUUACAGAGCAUUGAAAUGCCAAAGAUUAGGGCUUCCCUUGAGGAAAAAUUGAAACAGAGAGUUGUAUUUAGUUCCACUGCGUACAAGAAUGGUGGAAAUGCAAAACAUGUCCAGUCAGUGAAUAGACAACUUGAGACUUUGGAUGAUUUUGUUGAUGAAGCCAUACAAAUAGAUGGGUCGACAAAUGGAAAUCCUUGCAAACUGACUUCACGUCCAAAUAAACGCAAGGUUAUCGCUGGUGAUGAUGAUCUAGCGAAAAGGGAUGACAUUGGGGAAAGGCGAAGGAAGCAUGAAUUACGUGUUCUUGCAGGAGCCGGAAUUGGGUCUGUCAAUGAGGAGACAACUAAUAAUAUCUCCAGUGACGAAAUUGCAGGUGUUAGUGAAGAAAGUGAUGAUGACUCGGAUUUGGAAUAUUACAAGAAAGUGGAGCGGGAAUACGCUGCUAAGCUUGCUGCAAAAUCCGAAAAGUAUUCUAGGCCCAAAAUGGAAGUUCCACCUUUGCCGGACACAGUUGAUGGAAAGCGCAACAUUACGCAUCAGAUGGAAAAGAAUAGAGGCUUAACGCGUCCCCGCAAGAAGCUGACCAAAAAUCCCAGGAAGAAUUAUAAGGGCACAAGAAGGCAGAAGGACGCAGAAAGGGGCAGGUUCGUGAGGUGA